CUGGCGGCUGACAAAGAGAAGAUCCCCAAGCACUGGCGACUGAAGCCUGAACUUGUCAAAUGGGCAAAAGGACAACCCAAAGUUUCUGGGGAGGUGAUCGAGAACCUGCUUGAUGACGAGACAAGGUUCAUCACAAACACGAACUCGCGGGAGCUCAUUGACCAAAUGUCCCAGGGCAAGCUGACUGCUGUCCAAGUGGUGUCUGCAUUUUGCAAACGCGCAGCAUACUGUCAUCAGAUUUGUGACCUGCUCUUAGAGAUUGGUUUCGACUUAGCGCUGAGCCAAGCCAGAGAGUGUGACGAAUAUUUCAAGAAGCAUGGAAAACUAAUUGGAGAGUUGCAUGGGCUUCCAUUCACGAUGAAGGACCAAUUUCACAUUGAAGGGAUGCCUACUAGUGCCGGUUACAUAGGAUGGAUCGGCACCUUUGAAGGCAAAUCAGGGUCUGAAAAGUACAUGAAAUAUGAGAGCUUGCUUGUAGAACAGCUCAAGUCAUCAGGGGCUAUCCCCAUCGGUAAGACCACACUCGCAACUGGAACUUGGUCUGCUAUUACCAACAACAACAUUCUCGGGUAUGCUGUUAACCCGCACAACCGGCAUUUGUCAACAGGUGGAUCUUCAGGAGGUGAAGCUGCAAUGCAGGCGUUGAGAGGGAGUUGUUUCGGUUUUGGAACGGAUAUCGGGGGCUCAGUGUCUAUACCAGCGGCCUACCAGGGAGUCUACAGUCUGAAGCCGUCGACGGGUCGCAUCUCCUUUCAGGGUGGUGUCAAAAUAGUGGCAAUGCCGGCCGUUAUAGGUAUCAUGGGUCCCUCUCUCGACAUUCUCCAAUCUGUUUUCAAAUCAACAUUAUCCACCAUGCCAUGGACUCGCGAUCAGGCCGUGACUAGAAUGCCCUGGCAAGGUUUGUGUGACGGUGGAUUGCCGAAGCGUGCUCAUCUCGCAUUUGGAUUCCUUGAAAAUGAUGGGAUUGUUACUCCGCAUCCUCCUGUUGCCAGAGCGAUGAGAAUCGUGAAGAAAGCAAUGGAGAUGGCCGACAUUGAACUCGUUGGCUGGUACCCCCCUAGCAACAGCGAAGUGGCCAAUAUCCAUGGCUCUCUCGCUCGUGGCGAUGGGUGCUUAGAUGUCUGGGAAGCCCUAGAAUUAUCUGAGUUCAAAUCAAAUACUCUGGUGAGAAAACAAAUCUACCAUGGCUUUUGCUGGAAUGCCAUACUCAUCUCUCUGGGUUCAGCGUAUGCAACUUCUUUGAAUGUUCUGGAUUAUCCCAGUAUUGGGAUCCCAAUUACUGUUGCAGAUCAGCACAUCGACACGGCAGAUCCAAACUUCAAGCCUCUCACGUCAAAAGAUGCGGAAGUGAUGCAAACCUAUGACCCGGGAGAAUUCCAUGGCUCUCCUAUCAGCAUUCAGUUGAUUGGAAGGAGGCAAGACGAGGAGCGGUUGUUUGCGAUGGCAAAAAUCGUGCAGGAUGCUGUGGAUAAUUUGAAACUCGCUGGAGUUGAUAUUCUCCAUUGCUAG